AAGACAAGUCUGAGGAAUUCUUUGGACUAAAGCUGCGCUGAGCUACUUGUGGUCUUUAGCUGAGCCUGGCUUGGGUUUCUCGUGGUAGCGUGAGUCAUUUUGGUUAGAUGAUUUUUACGGUUUGGGAGGGAGCUUUCAUGCAUACCAGGCUUAGACACUGAUGGUUGAGGAGGGGAAAAAAAAAAAAAACUUGUGUUGCAAAAAGAAUGUAGGCUAGAGUUGGCAAAUGCUGUUUAAAAUUCAGCUCUUUGCAACUUCUUUGCCUGAAAUCAUGUUGUGUAUGCAUGCAAAUCGCUUCAGCUACGGCCGGCUGCCUCCCCUCUUCCACCUACACACCACAUCACAUCCCAACAGCUGAAGUGGCCGGCGUCAGAGUGUUUCUGGUGUUUCUGGUAGUGGGGAGCUUAAACUGGAGCUGUCCGAAAUGAAGGAGAUAUUUGGGGGCAAGACGAGGAUUUGCUCCCUUGCUUUCAUCUAUCUCUUAGGGAAGAAUGUGGUAGCUGUCUGUGCAUGCUCUCUCUGUGUGGAUUUUUCUGGAAAAAUGCAGUAAUAUUCUGCAAUCCUUCCCCAGCAGGAACAAGAAACAUGCACUGCCUGGGGAAUUAGCGGAUACUCAUAAAAGCCUGACUUCCCUACUCUUCCACUCAGUGGAUGACGUGCAGCAGAGAACAAUAACCAGCCCAAAGCAGCUAAAAGUCAAAUAUGCUUAGCUAAUCCCAGCUAUUUUAAUUAUCUUGGAGGGAAACAGAAAAGUAACUGUCUGCUUAGCUGGCAACUGGGGUUUGCCAGAUUGCCAUCAGCCAUGGGUCUGCUUUUUGAAACUGGAAGAGUUUCAGUUUUAACAGUGACAGGGAAGGAGAACGUUCAGCUAUGGCGUUGGUUCAGUGUUCUGCACCACUAAAAUAAAAUGUCAACUUUAAGACUUUGUAAAGUCUUAGAAGGUGGGGGAGGCUGUCUCCUGGAACUCUUUUGCAUCAGCUGAAGUUCUUGGUUUGACCCAAAGAGCAUCACCUUUGGCUCUUUCUUCCCUGAAUUUUAUUUCUGGCUAAUGCCCUACACUCUGCUGUUGGGUCAGAUUUUUUUUAUUAUUAUUGUUUUUUGUUUUUUUACCUUGCUGACCUUGCUAAGAAGUUCUAACUUCAGUAACUUUCUAGGAGAAGAGAUUCUGCCUCAAUCUGCCCUUUUCCUUCAGGUUUCUAGGUUUAGCUCUUUAAUACUUCAAGUUUAAUUUCUGUUUAGCAUUGCUUACAGCCUUUUUCUUAACUGAUACAGAAAGCCAAACCUUAGGUAUACGGCUGAUCUUCAAUAGUCAUUCCUGUGAAAGGAAUAAAUGUAUUUCCUUUAUCUGAUGGAGUAGAAUAUAUGCAUUAUCCUGGUGUAAAACUUGCUGUAUUUCACCUUAACUUCCUGUGUGCAAAAUCCACCCUUCCAAAAAGCUUCUAGAGCCCUGUUCCCAGCUCCUGCUAUACCCAGUGAACUGCGAUUCUCCUCCUGCUGCUGCCCUGCUGGUAAGUGCCUCCUUUGUGCUGUGGCCAGAGAGAAAGUGCCAACAACCGAAGGAAUGCUUGGUGUUGGGGUCCUGCGUGGGCCAAAUGCGAGGCAGAUCAAACACCCAGCCUUUCCUACACUGGGGGCUGAUGUUUUUCUCUAGGAGACCCCAUUUCAUCGCAUGGCCAUGGCACGUGGACCUUGAAGCAUCGUGUGCAGGAGCUGGGCUCUGGUAGCUGCUGGAUGCUUGUCUAAAACCGGUGCCCUUAAAAUGACAGAAUUUUGUAAGAUAGCUGUGAAACUCUGCAGGAAAAAAAAGUCACCAGUUAAAUCUUCUGCAUCUUGCUUCGGAAGGUUCAUUUAUAAGCUAAAUGGUGACUUCUAAACCGAGAAGCUCUAAAAAUGCGAGAUGAGAAACCAUUAAUGCAAGAUCAUCAGUAAAGAUAAAAAAUUUGUUGCCUGUGCUUCUCCUUCCAGCGUGUUUCAGCUAUGCUUUGCUGAGCCCGAACUGCAACCCCAUUUUUUUCCCCUGUCUGACUGGUAAUUCCUCAGGAAGGAUGUCUCCGUGUCCUUGGCACUCGGGAGAGCUGCUCCCUCUGCAUGCUUGCUGUAUCGAGACUCAACUGAAGGGGAAAGGAGCAUUCAAAGUGUAGAUUUCUUCUUGGCCUCUGCACAUGGCAUCCUCCACCUCUGUAAUUUCAGCCACAGGUGAGUUUUUGCGGCACAGCAGUGACACUGGGGGCUGUUUGCCCAUUAUUAUCAUCAGUUUGCUCUGUUUCGAUGCAGCUCGGAGCUGCAGCUCGCACCGGUGCUGUAAAUCCCUUCCAGCUGGCUCCUCGGACUAUCCAAGUUCUCUCUUUUCCUUGCCACUGCCCGCUGAGCCCAGCUGAUUUCCUCUUGUAGGCCACCUCAGCCCCUAAGUCUCCCAGGAAAAAUUCACAUUUCCCUUAUUUCUUGCCAUUUUCCAACUGCAGAGCUGAUUUCGUAGGUGACUGGAGGUGAGUAAACGUGUUCUCCUCCUCCUCUCCCCAUCCCCUCAUGAAAUAUUUGGGAAGGCCAUGCAGCAUGGCCUUACACCGAGCUCUUUUUUAAUUAUUAUCAUUCAAGAAGGGCUUUUUUUAACAAAACUUGAGACGGAGCACUUGGCAUUGAGCAGGCUUUGGUGUGGGCUCUGUGUGCGCCUGGCUGGUCAGAAAUAGAAAUUACAUUUUUAUGUCCCCUGUGUCUGUGGCCAAAUUUCCCAAAGGCUUUGAGUCGCCGAAGGAUCCGCUGUGAGCGGUGGUGCUACAAAACGGGGCUAAUUGAUGAAAUCCGUUUUGAUGGGUGUUUUCGGAGCCCUGGAAGCAGCUGAUGGAUCCCUUCUUGGAGACCUCCAAGAAGGGGCCGGGUCGGAGGCACCAUAAAGAGGCCUUUUUUUAGAAAACACUGACUAACUCCAGUCCCUCGGCUGGAUUUAUGCGAGGCACGUGGUGUCCAGAUAUGCCUCAUUUCUCUUCUGCUCGCUCAGGAAAUGGUGAACCUGGCCGAUGCCUGCAGCAGCGGUCUCAGCUCCUGCUGGAGGGGACUUUUGGGGAGAGAUUUGGCCACGUGCAUGUAGUGCUGGGCGUGUGGAGCUCAAGGGCAUCACUUUUUGGGGUUUGUCUGCUGCAAUUAGGGACUCGGCCAAGCUCCAAAGCCCCAAAGAGAGAUCUGCUCCAAUUUGGGUACAUAUGCAGACAAAUGUUUUGCUCUGCUGGGAGCUGAGCAAAGAGUUAACUCCUCUCUCUCCUUCCUUAUUCACAGCAGCUGGCUUUCCUUCAAGAUUUUGGGGUCAUCCAGGAGAAAACAAGUGCCAGAAAGGCUGGGGAUGUCCCCAGCAGGGGCAGUGGCCUCACUGGGGGGCUCAGUUCCUUUAUUUUCAGGACCAGCCCCACUGCUGCAGCCCUGUCCGAGUCAGCCGGGGCGAGCGGUGCUGCAGGGGCAGCUCGUGCACGACCUCCUGUAUCAUCAAAACCUGUGCCCGUUUGGAUUUUUUCCAGCCUCCCCGUGCUCCUUUCUCCUGUUUUCGCUGCUCGUUGCGCUUGGCCAAGAAGAGCAAGCCGGGGCUGGCAGCGAGGGAGCUCGCGAAGGCAGCAGACGGCUGGUGGCAGCAAAGCCGUGCGGGCGCAGGCGAUGCUCGGCAGGGAGAGCAAAAAAACACAAAAGUUUUGUCUUUAGGGCAGCAAACGUCAGGGUUUUUUCCCCUCUGUUGCUGCAACGCCUGAAGGCGGAGCAGCCCCAGGUCCAGAGGUGGGUGCGGGUGCUGCCAGGAGUGCCAAAACCACCUGCCCCUAAAGAAGAAUUUGGGAACGUAGCCUUGCUGCUUAAAUCCUUAAUUUCCAGGUUUUGGGAGAAGAUCUGCUCCGUGUUGUGUUUUGCUUGGAUUAAAUACACUGCUGGUCCCUUGGCUUCGAUACCCAGGUGCAGGGCCGGGAGGAGGCACCAGCACGUUGUGGAAGCUCUGGGGGCUGCGUGCCCACCCGUGGCGGCGCUGCCAGCUCCCCUCUCCGGCACCCGGGUACCUGCAGGAGCUCCUUGCUCUCCCCUUUCAUCUCCUCGCCACAGACAUUGCCAGACCACAGAGAGCCCCAGGGCGGAGGAGAAGAGCCAGCAGGGCACAGGGAGAGAGCAGAAACUUUCCCCAGCACUGCUUGUGCAACAAGGAAUUGCCCCUGGGACAGUCGUGCCUCUUGCCCCCUGCCUCGCUCGAGCCCUCCUGCAGGCAGCCUGCUCCCCCUGGGAUGGAUUUGAGAAAAAAAGCAUCAAACCAUGGAGGUAAAGAGAGAAACAGGGGCACAGCUCCUUGGGAAACACGUGCCUGUAACACAUGCUGGCUGGAGAAGCUCUGAGGUUGCUCCUUUGGCAGGGAAGCAGCCUGAGGACAGAGGGGACCGAUGUCCGGGACACCCAAGGGGGCUCAGCCGUGGCCGUGGAGCUGCCCGGGGACAGCUGGAAAGAGGCAGCUCAGCUUUCAUCUCCAUCCCGUGCCCGGUUUAGUCACAAAGGACACUGGUGACCUUUCUGGGCCAUAAAUCCCUCCAGGGGUUGGGGUUGGAGGCUGCAGAUUUGGGCGCUGAGGUUGGGUGACGCGCUCCAACGAGCAUCCCCGCGGCAGAAAAGGUGCUCGGGCACCGUGCGCAUGGGAUGGAGCCGCCAAGUGGGCUCUGCCGGAGAAAUUUGGCUGCUCUCAUCCCGAGCUUUGUGCUGUUAUUCUGGGAGAGAGGAACGGGAACGGCACCAGGCUCGUCCUGACAAUGGGGGAGUGAUGGAGGAGGCUUCACCGAGGCUCCAGCACGGGAUCUGUAUUCAGAGCAGCUCCUCCAGCCUCUCCUCCUUGCUGCUCUGUCUCUUUUAAUCAUUUAAUUGCACUGGAUUUUCUGGAAGGAGGAAGAGUCCCCGUAUUCAGGCUCUCAGGUUGAAAUAGGGUUGAAGAUUUAAUCUUCUCCCCUUUAUUUAUUUAUUUGAACACCAAGGGCCUGCGGCUCCCAGCAGGAGAAGCUGCUAAAAGGAGAAGGCCCCGGGAUCUCCAGGCAGCAUCUCGGGGGAUUAAUUCGGCUGUGAGUGAGACAGUUUCACUCUCAGAUCUCGCUCUUCCUUUAGGAUACUUGGUCCAAACUCUUAGCCACGAGCUGCAGGUCAGCCAGGGGAAGGGCAUUAAAAUUUGGGAGCUGGGCCAGCAUCCCCCCACCUGCGUUCACAAACCACAGCGACCUGGGGCAGCUCCGAGGGUGGCCGAGGCGCACCGAGACGGGACGGUGACGGCACCAUUGUCACCACCCUCUCAAAAAGGAGGCCUCCCCAUCACCUGCAGCCCCAUAAACGUCCCAGAGCAAGGGAUAUCAGAGCUGGGGCUUGAUUUCCCCCAAAUUCGACCCCUGUUGGUGCGCUCUGUGCAGGAGCGAGUGCCGUGGAAUCGUUGGCUCUGCCUUUGGCCAGCACAGUGCCUUUGUGUGUGGGCACGGGAUCAAAACCCAUUUAUCAAGGCAAGAUUACGCCUGCUUGGCUCUGAAAUACAGAAAAUCCCUCCUGGCCUGCGAGCCCGGCCGUGCUGGCAGCCUUCGGCCCCCCGCUGCUCCCGGCAAGCUGGGAGGAUUUUACCCGGUGGGUGGUGUCAGCCAGGGCAUCGACCUGCCCUGAUUUCUUGGGCUUUUUUUCUAAACAUUUGGCACAAACGCAGCUCCUGCUGAAGCUCUCGUGUGUCUUUUGUGUAUUUGGACCAGAUGAGCAUCGUCGGGGCAGCUCCUGUGGCUGGUGAAGGCUGGCUGGGGACCAGGCUGCCCAAAAUGCUUCCCAGCCCCUCCGGGAGCGUGUCCCUGCCUGGAGAGCCAUCAAAAGCAGACCUUGCUGGUAGGAAAUGUGACUUUGCUGCUGUGACAAGCUCAUGUGGGCAUUUUCCUCCAGGUGAUGCCAUGGGGAGGAAAUGUCUGAGCCCGUCAGAGCUGGGGUCGGUGUCACGGGAGACAACGGGCGCUGAUUUAGGAUGGAGACAGCUGUGUCCAUCCCAAACCAGCACAUCCCAGCCUCAUUCCCGAAUUUUCGCCUUCCUUGGAGCUCUGUCACCAACAGAGCAGGCUUUUCGUUAAGGCUAACCGUGCCCUGAGUCAGGGAGCAGCCUCUCAGGCAACGAGGGAUGCAGCAAGCAGCGGUGGGACCCCAAAUUCCCAUCCUGGCCCUCGCUGAGGUCCGUGGAGCCAGGACCCCUGGGCUGCAGGAGCUGCGUUCACUCUGUCGCCUCCUCCGAAGCUCCCCAGGACUCCAAACCUGGAUGCAAUUUAAGGCAGCCUUGGACCAGGUUUUGCUGCCGGCCCCAAGGAUUUAAGGGAUUGUUUGUGUAAAAUGGGGUGCCGAGGGUGUGCAGGGGGGGAGGCGUUGCCUCGCAGCGUCAGCCCUGCUGCAGCCAGCCCACCCGCUGCAGCUUUUACCCACAAAUUAUCGGGAUUUCGGGCCAUUUUCAGAGUCUGAGCUAAAUAUCUGGAGGGGACGGCUCCCAGCCCUGGGGAACUGCCUUGGAAAGGGCGGAUAAAUGGGGAGGGAGAGGACGGGGGCACGCGUCCCACGCAGCGGGGAACAAAGCGCUCCUCUGUUCCCCCCAGGACAGCUGUGCCGUGGUGGCAGCUCCCGGCUCAGCCCAGGGUGGGCACGAGGGGACACCCUGCUGCUGGGGCUCUGCUGGGGCAUCUGCCACCACCUCCUGCUCCCCUCUCCCAUCCUCUGCCCCUUGCUCUCUGUUCUCCUGCCCAAUUUGGGCUAAAAGAGAGCCCAAAGUUCCCCUGCGACCACCCUCUGAAACCCUCGGAGCGCUUCCCUCUGCGCAGCACCCGGUGCACAGUCCCUGCUCGAAAAAAAAGAGGUGGAAAAAGAGGUGGCACCGCCACGCCGGGUGGCGAGGAGGAGGCUGGAGGUGGCAGCAUCUGGGGGCGAUGGCCCAGUGCGCCGCGACGUCAGCCCAAAAGUAAUGCAGCUGGUGCGGCCCUGCCCUGAGCCCUGGCCUCUGCUCCUCCCCUCUGGCAAAAUCAGAGAAAAAUCCUCUUCUUCCAGAAGAGGAAAAAAUAAAAGACAAAAAAAAAGAAAAAAAAAGGCAAAGCAAACACCUCGGCCUUUGUUUGGGGAGACAACGGCCGCAGCCCGCUCAGAUGGAAUUUAUUUUGCGCUCGGUAAUUCAAUCCAUUCGGGCUCAGGAUGUGGCCGGGAGGGUUGAGCCAAAAAAUGCGAGUUUAAAGCAACUAAAUUUUAUGCUGUGUACACAGCUAAGUUUGGGUUUGGCCGAGACGAGCAGUUUCCAUGGUUUUUGGGAUUCCUGUUGUAGCAACGAGCUCCUCGUGCAGCCGAGGGGCCGGAGGCGCGCGGCCCUCUGGCCGGAGAGGGGCGCAGGGGGAGCCCGGCGGGGGGCACGGCUCGUUGUAGGGUCAUCCAGGGGUUUAUAGGGCUGGUGCAGCGUGGUGGCACGUGCUGUCCUUUUUGAGGCAUCCUUUUUGGUCCUGCAAGAGGCCGGUGCGUGCCUGGACACCCAACAUCCACCCCCUGAACCCAGCCCCACCGGGUGCCCGUGCCACCAGGGGGUCACCCACGAGGUGUGGGGACGCCUCCGUGGGAGGAGGGCUUGGAGCCAGCCCACAAAGUGUUAACACCUUAAUUAAAAGAAGGAGGAGGAGCCGGUCCCAUUAAGCUCGCCAUCUGUUUUAAUUACCCACUGAAGCUCGGGGAGAGCUUUGUGCCAUAAUUGCGUAAUUAAAACAAACCGUCGGGAUGGCACGGAGGUGAGUGGGGAGAGGGAAGCAGCCCUUGCUCCUCUCUCUGGGAGCAGUGAGGAUGCUCGUUUUGGGGCCGAGCUGAGCAUCUCGCAGCCCCGCUGCCUUCUGAUGGCUCCCCGAGGCCGUGCCUGCAGUGGGGCUUUUUGGGCAUCGCCAGCAAACUCUGCAAAUCCUGCGUUUCCAGCCCAAAAUCACCACCCGGGUGCGCCUCUCCCCGUUGUAGCUGUGUGGGUGCAGCCCCUCUGGGUUUAGGCAGCAGCACCGGGGGUGUGGGCACCCCAAAUCCAGGCUGUGGGGUCAGUCAUGGGGAGCUCCUCUAGAGCCUGGCCGGGUGCUAUUGGGGAUGGAGCAGGCACAUUUGCACGGCACAGGUUAAAAAUCAGAGCGUUAGCCCUUAAAAAAGCCUCUGAAACUUCCUGGGAAUCGGAGUGGAACUUCUCUGCGAGUUUUUUUUUCAUGCCUGUGGUAGGGGAACGAUGUUCUCAUGUCUUCUUACACCCUUUUUCCCCCCGCACCGCUGCCCGCUCACAUCUCCCGCAGGCGUAAUCGCCGGAUUAGCACAUUUUGCCAUGAUCCGUGCUGAGGAAACACAGGUGAGGUCACCACGAGUCCAGAAAAAUAGGAAAAAACCCUUCUUGCCCGAAGCUCUCGAGGGGGAAGUUCUCCAGCAAGGAGGAGGUCCCAAAACCCAGUGGUUUUGGGGCAAAAUCUGACUCCUGCCGCCUGCCCACGCGGGUCGGGCUGUUGGCGAGCUCACGCUGGGUCGUAAUUAGGGAAUAACUGAGGCUGCCCAAAACCUCCUGGCACGGUAAAAGGAGCACAGCUGCUGUGCCCAGAGCCAGGGGAGCCCCAGGUUGGGGCGAUGGGCUCUUCUCUCCCCUGCAGCCUUCCCCCAAAUAAAAGCCUCCCAGCGCUGCUGUCCCUCAGCAAGUAACGCCGGAGGGAACAUGGGGCGAUCCUGCAGCCGCCCCCAAAUCCACCAAUUUUCCCCUUCCUGGGCUUCUUUGCCCCAUGAGACCCUCAGAAACCUUCCAGCCUGGGUGCAGGAGGCAAAUCUGUGUUUGGGGCAGGCCCGACGCUAUGGAAAACUGGGCGCUGGUUUCAUCGUUCCUACCUCCUCCUCGUCAGCAUGCAUUUAUAUAACAUAAAAUAAUGCAAUAAUUAAUUCAGCUAAGAGUCGGAGUGGCGUAACUGACCCGGCUGGAAAAAAUAAAUAAGAAAGAAAAAAAAAAAAGACAACUUUUUUCCUUUGAACACGCCAAAAUAGGGCUUUGUAGCUCGCCCAGAACUGAGCACCACCAAGCACCCAGCCCAGCCGCCCCGCGUGGACACAGGACGCUUUGUGCAGGACAGGUGAACACGCCCCAGAAUUCACAAAAAUGAGUAUAAUUCACAUUUAUUUUGCACUUAUUUCUCUUACAACGGCCUCCACAGCGAAGCAGAGGAGGCAAUAAGGCAGAAACGGGAAUAAAAAUAGAAAGGUGCUCUGAGGGCUGGGGAGGCGCUCGGGAUUUCAGCAGCUCUUGGAGAGUUUAUUAACGGGGAGAAGUUAUAGAUGUUGUAUAUAGAGAGAGGUGUUUUGUAGAUGGUUUUCUAUUAGUGUGGAUGAGCAAAAGGAUCUCAGAGGUCAUGAAAUGCCAAGGCAGAUACGGAUGUUUUUGGUGGAAGGGAAACUGGUAGGGUGCUGGCACGGCCCCUUCCUAACCGAGCGUGUUUUAGUGCGCUUCUCAAAAAAGAAAAAAAUAUAUACUUGAGGGACUAUUAUUUCAUGUCUUUUUAAUAAAAACACCGAGAAAUGCCUUGCCCAGACCCACCCAGAGCUGCUCCUGGGACCAGCGCAGGGCUGGUGCUGUUGGCAUCGGGUUUGCUCCCCCUUUUGUGCCGCGAUUCCUCGUGAGCGCAAAGUGCUGUUUGCUCGGCAGCAGCGAGCUCUGGGCACAAAACCCCCCAAAUGAGAUAUUUUGGCACCAAACCCUGCCCAUCCUCACAGUCCCACUGUGCUCAGCACGCUACGGCCACAGGGAUGGUUUUCCUGGGCUGGAAUUGGGACAAUUCAGGUCCUCUUCUCCAUGAGCCCUGGGCAGGACAACGCCGUGCCCCAGGGGAACCCCACGGCCAGCGCAGCCCCUUCCCAAAUCCAGGGGAGAGGUUCCCCAAACCCCUCCGUCUCCAUCCCACGGCACGGCCCACAUCUUGCAGCGCUUGCCACGUUGCACAUCUCCAUGGCAGAACAAGUGCCAAGGUCUCGCAGGGAAAGGAAAGGAAACCUUGAACCCAGACAGCAAAAAAAAAAUAAUAAAACCACCUCGGAAUGAUCUCCGCGAUCGCCUUUCCAUCAUCCUCUCCUACCAGCUGCAGCCCGAAGGAGCAAAGGAUGCAGCAAACCGUUUAAAAAGCCAUCUUUCAAGUGAACCACCCUUCCCCGACGCUGCGGAACAGCCUGUGCCGGGCUGAGCUGGAGGCCUGGAAGGGAAGCGCGGGGCUGGUGCUGUUCGGCCUGAUCCCGGCCGGCUGAGUCACGCUCUGAGUUCAUACCUGGCACCGGCCCCGCCGCGGGGAGCAGCUCCUCUGGGGAGAGCCGGAGCUGUCUGUGAGCCCGGGGAUGGGCAAGGAUGUGCAGGAUGGGGAGGGGAGAGGUGGAGGAAGGGGUGAGGGGUUGGGGGAGAGCCGUGCUCGGGGCUGGCACCGUUGUUUUUUGCACUGUUGCAGCGCCUCGGCUGUGCCAACCUCGGUGCCAAAUUGGGUAGCGCCUGGAUGGGGUGAGGAGACAAAAAGCUGGGGGUGAAAAAGGGAUGUGUGGGGUCUGGGAGGGAGGUCAGGGCCAUCAGGGAUUACCAAGGGGUGGGAAUCAGCCAGGAUGGGAAAAGGAGACCGAAUGCUUCGUGUCCUGUGCAGCCAGGAGGGUGAUGCUCCAAAAAACACCGCAGGGAUGCUGCGUGCCAGGGUCCCCCCGUCCCCUGCUCGCCCCUUCCAACCCCGUGCCACAAAAAACGGGUGGGGGAGGACGCAGGGAGUGUGCCCACCCAGCCCAGGGUGGAACAGGUCAGCGCUGGCGUGGGUGGCCAGCCUGUCCCCGGCACGGGGAACGCCUCCUGCCCCGCUGGCUGACUCCCAGGGCUGCAUUAGGAAGGCAAAACCGGGUUAAUUAGGGCCGCCGUCGAGUUGCCCAUCGAGCACGGUGCCGCUGGAACUCCAGGGAGGGUUGAUCAGCUCUCGCCGUGGAGCACGGCAGGGUCCAUUAGCCAAAUGUGACCCAAUAAGCAAAUAAAUCUCUGCAAAUCAGCUGCAGCUCCGACAAGUUCCUGCCUUUCCCCAUUGCCCUGCAACCGCUCAGGGCAGUGGGGUUGGGUAAUUCCUCCUGCCUCCGAUGCGAACCCGCCUGGCUGUGCGAGGAGCAAAGCUGCAGAAAGCCGUGGGAGGGAGGGGAAGAGCUCCGUGCCACGGAUCUGCUGCUCCAGGGUCAGGGCUGGCUCCUCAGCCCCCGAAAUCCCAGGGGAUGGGCACAGCAAGUCGGUGCGAGCCCCGGCUGUGCGUGGGGGGGGGACAUCAAUCACCCCCUAAAGUCACCUUGUGCCGGAGUCAUGUCUGCACUGUCCC